AUGGUUUCGCAGUUUAAGGCUAACUCCAAAAAGGGCGGCGAGGAAGGCGCGGCCUCCGCUACCAACUCGUCUGCUAGCAAGCGCACUUCGGCUACGAAGGAUUCAAAGGUUGCGCCCCUGCCCAAGGUGUUGAAGCAGGUCAAGCCCACCAAGCCGCGCGACCACCUGUUUACCCACGCUCCCAAGAGCUACCACAUUGGCGGUGCCAUCCGCCCCCGUGUAAACCUUUCGCGUUACGUCAAAUGGCCGAAGUACGUGCGUAUUCAGCGCCAGCGCCGCGUACUUCUCCAGCGUCUUAAGAUCCCCCCGGCCAUUAACCAGUUCAGCUACACUAUUGACAAGAGCCAGGCUCACCAGUUGCUGAAGCUGCUCAACAAGUACAAGCCUGAAACCCGCAAGGAGAAGGCUGCUCGUCUGUUGGCCGACGCCAAUGCAAUUGCGCAGGGCCAAGAGGCUGUCUCCAAGAAGCCCUACAUGUUGAAGAGCGGUUUGAGCCACGUGACAAACUUGGUCGAGUACAAGAAGGCCAAGUUGGUCGUUAUCGCUCACGACGUCGACCCCCUUGAGUUGGUUUUGUGGUUGCCAACUCUCUGCCGCAAGAAGGAGGUCCCUUACUGCAUCAUCAAGGGCAAGAGUAGGCUCGGAAAGCUUGUACACAAGAGGACCGCCGCUGUGGUCGCCAUUGACAACAUCCGCAAGGAGGACCAGGCGGAGUUUGAGGCCAUGGUGAAGACCUUCACGGCGAUGUUCAAUGACAACGUUGAGUUGCGUCGCCGCUGGGGUGGCCACAUCAUGGGUGUCAAAUCGCAGCACAGGCAGGUGAAGAAGGAGGCGUUGCUUGCGAUGGAGAACGCGAAGAAGUUGGGUCUCGCUUUCGGAUGA